AUGACUGAAGGAAAGAUUUUAUACCCACGCGAAAGGGUAUGGACCGAAAAAACAAGCGAAGUUGCAUGGACUAUAGUCACAUUUUCUCGUAGGAAUCUUGGACUUUCCGUUUCUCCGUGUGUUGCUUCGAGUUUCUUGUAUCUUCAUUAUUAUUACGAAAAAACGGAGAAAACACCUUAUCCAAAUUACAUGCUUCUUACAACAUCGUUAUUCUUAGCCACAAAAGUUUAUGAUUAUUAUCGUCCUAUUGAUUUAAUCUUUCAAGAAAUUGCUAAAACAUCUAUAGCUAUUACAAAGCAUAUACCACAGAAAUUUGUUCAGCUUGUUAUGGGAAACCGUGAUUUCAAUGAUACAAAACUUUCUGAUGCAGAAAAGAAUAUGAUAGCUGAAAUAGAAAUUUGCCUCUUAAAUGCAAUAAAAUGGGAUUUCAACAUGGAUCUUUCCUUUUAUUACUUGACAAAAUUCGGAAAUCUUUUUGAAGGACUAAAUUAUGACGAAAAAGUAGUUUCAAAUAUAACCGAUUCAAUAAUACGUGAUUUGUGUCUCUGUACACGAUCUCCAUCUAUGCUUCAUUUGAAUCAAGAAACAAUUGCUGUAGCUUCUAUUAUUCAUUCAUUUGGAGAGUAUGAGCUAACACCUCAAAUCAAACAGUGGGUAGAAAAUAGGCGCGCUUCAAACGAAGAGCUCGUUGCAAAACUUAUAGAAUACAUGAUUGUUCAAUCCAAAGGCUGCGCAAAGGUGAAAUAA